UUAUUAAAAACAAAUAAUAAAAAAAAAAGCUUAGGGUUUAAGUAAAUGAGAGGUAACAAAGAAAAUGUUGGGAGUAAUUUGUUCACCCAGCGGAAAUUAAGUCAACGCCAAUUAUAGUAUUUUUCUUCUUCUAAUUAUUCAUCAACAAACGAACCUUUCCACAAUCAUUGAUUUCGAUUCUGAUUCACUCCUCUUUCUAAAAUCCAAAUUGAAUGACAAUGAGCGACCAAGAGAAAAACAGGGGAGUUGUUGUAGACCACCGCCACCAUGAAGACCAACCACCGCCACCGCCACCGCCACCACCCCAGCCCCAAUAUGGUACCUUUCAAGGAGUUGCCAAUUAUCCACCGCCUUCUCAAAGCCAUGUCAUCGGCUUUCCUCAGCCUGUCCCUCCUCCUGGUAUCACCGCCGAACCUUAUGCUCAGGGCUACCAAACCGUCCCAGGUUAUGCUGUUGCUGAAGGAAGACCUGUGAGACAACGUCGCCUACCUUGUUGCGGUUGUGGUGUUGGCUGGUUCUUGUUUAUCAUCGGUUUCUUUCUGGGUGCCAUCCCCUGGUAUAUUGGGUUAUUUAUCAUAGCUUGUAUGAGGAUAGAUCCCCGAGAGAAACCUGGAUAUGUUGCUUGCACCAUUGCUGCUAUUCUUGCAACAAUUGCAAUUAUUCUUGGUGCAACAAAGGGAGCUGAUGAGUGGUAAUCUACUGGGCAAGAGUUUUAUAGGUUGCAAACUGGAUGUAUAAACAUGUUUCUAUUCCUGAAGAUUAUAUUUUAAAGGUGAAAGACUGAAACUGUGAACAGAAUCAUGGUUGCUUGUGAAAUAUGUUGUUUAUUAUGAGUGCCGUAAACUUUGGAAACUGCCAGUUAUUUACAAGAAGAUUUCCGUAAUUGUUUGAUGCA